AUGUCUAAUCCAAUAUAUAUUAUACACGGAUCCUGCAAAACACAAAAUACCUUCAUCUUUUCAAAGAUACAAAAAAUCAAGGAGAUCUGCAGCAAUAUCAGAGCUCCGAGGAAUGUCACCGGUACUGGUCCGUUCAGACUCAUUAUAUGCAAAAAAAAAGAUAAAAAUUGUCUUUAUGCUGAACAUAAAAAGGACAGUGCCAUAUGUUUAACCUGUGAGACAUACAAGCCAAUUCAUUUAGUGAAAGCAGGAAGAUGCUAG